AUGACCGUCACGGAAGGUUGCUGGAGUGGGAUGAUGGAUUUUUUCUUGAAUGAUACUCUUUGGAUUGAGCAACAUGAGAGUGCUGGGCCCAAUUUCCAAACUCGUGAGAUAACUUUGGAAGUGGAUAGGACACGGUUACGCCCCAGGAACAAUUCUAUUACCAUGAAGCUCCGUGAAGAUGCUGAAUGUGUCUACUGGUUAGCAGACGCUAUCAUAGAAGUGACAUAUGCUCUUCCAUCUACACUCACUGACAUCACUGCCAAUGCUGUUGCGAGAAUGAUCAGGAAUGGACAAAUUAGGGCAGAAGUAAUUAACAAUGAAGAAAAUCUUCCCAAAGGGGUUGCUGAAAUUGUUUAUGAGUGGAUGUAA